GAACCCUCGAUUCCACGUAACCGACUACCCUUUUCCCGCUUUAUGCAUCCGAAUAAACAAUAACCAACCCAAUAAGCAACCUCCACCAAUAAAACCCUUCCACGUGUCCUCUCACCCACGGUUUAAACAUCCAACGCUCUUCACGUCACCGGCGAAGUUCCGAUUAAUCGAGUUAUGGAUCACCGAUUCCUUCUUCUCUUCGUGAUUUCUCUACUCACAGUUUCCUCUUUCGUCUCCGGCGACGGUGAAGGUGAUUUAGCCGGUUUCGGAGAUGACGUCAUCAUCCGUCAAGUGACCGACGACGAAGAUCAGCCGUUGAGUUCACCGGAGAACCGUAACCGCUUCGGCGCAUUCAAGAGAAAGUUCGGCAAAUCGUACACGUCAGAAGCGGAGCAUGAUUACAGAUAUUCCGUAUUCAAGGCUAACAUGCGCCUUGCAAAGCGUCACCAGAAGCUAGAUCCAACGGCCGUCCAUGGCGUCACUCAGUUCUCCGAUAUGACGUCAUCAGAGUUCCGGAAGCAUCUCGGAUUGAGAUCUCGUCUCUGGUUUCCGGACGAUGCCGGAAAAGCUCCGAUUCUUCCGACGACUGAUCUGCCGGAGGAUUUUGAUUGGAGAGAUCAUGGUGCUGUUACUGAAGUCAAGGAUCAGGGUUCGUGUGGGUCAUGCUGGUCGUUUAGUACGACUGGGGCGUUAGAAGGUGCAAAUUUCAUUGCUACAGGGAAGCUUCAAAGCCUUAGUGAACAGCAACUUGUUGAUUGUGAUCAUGAGUGUGAUCCAGAAGAACCAGAAUCAUGUGAUUCCGGGUGCAAUGGAGGACUAAUGAACAGUGCAUUCGAGUACACUCUCAAAGCCGGUGGGCUUAUGAGGGAAGAAGACUAUCCAUACACAGGAACCGACGGUGGGAGCUGCAAGUUUGAUAAAAAUAAGGUUGUAGCAUCCGUCCGUAAUUUCAGCGUCGUGUCCCUUGACGAAGAUCAGAUUGCCGCUAAUCUCGUCAAACAUGGUCCUCUUGCUGUGGCUAUUAAUGCGGUUUACAUGCAAACCUAUGUUGGGGGAGUAUCGUGUCCUUACGUAUGCUCAAAGAGGUUAGACCAUGGCGUGUUAAUGGUCGGGUAUGGUUCGGGUGGACAUUCACCGAUUAGAAUGAAGGACAAACCAUAUUGGAUCAUCAAGAAUUCGUGGGGUCCAAAAUGGGGAGAAAACGGAUAUUACAAGAUAUGCAAGGGCCAUAAUGUAUGCGGUGUUGAUUCGAUGGUCUCUACUGUUGUUGCCGUUGACCGCAGUUGACCAACAUCGGUACUGUAGUUGCAGUUGACCGAUACUUAUACCGUUGUUGGUUCUAUAGUUUACAAUUAUAUAUUAAGUGCUUAUCACACCUUAUUGUUGUUGCAAACAUAUAUAUAAACAGUUUGUUUCUUAUUCUCCACAACAACAAAAGGGAAUGACUAUAAUACAAGGCUUUAAA